CAUUCGCAUCGCGAUUUUUAUUAUUCUAUAUUCUAUAUAGGUAUCUUCUUCGCGCGGCGAGGAGCCUUUGUUGGUACUUUGACAACGGUGUCACUGCGGCCGACGCGCACAAUAUCUUCGCCUUUGUUCAUAAAUUUUGUCUAUAUUUGUCAGGAUCACGAUGUGUCUGUCGAGGAUCAUCCGGUGUCGCAUCCGGUGAAGACGAUUUGUAAAACAGUAAGCCAGCAGUAGACAAUGGCGCAGUCAAUCUUCGAUGCUCUGUCGGGUGUUUCUUUGGACGGCUCGACAGUUCAAUCUCUAUUAGAGUCUCAGACACUGAUCAGCGAAGUUGAGCAGUCAGCAAUAGAUCAAGAUGAAGAGGAUAUAUUUCAAUGCGGCAAGUGCAAAAGCCAGUUCACAUCGUUGCACUUGUUUGUACUUCACAAAAGAGAGCAUACUAAGGUUCAGGAGCAAACUGUAGAUUUAAGUCAAUAUUUAGUGAGCAAUGACAGCCCUGUUGUUCAGACUGAUGAUAACUGCCAAGAUGGUACUCAGUACAAUCCUGAGGAUGAUUUUGAUCAGACUCAUCAACUUGGGGAGCCAAUCAUUUUGGAGGAGAAUGAUAUACUUUUCAGCAUGGACCAGGAAGGUGCUAGCUACUUAACGUCUGACUCAAGCUUUAAUGUACCCAUAAUUUUAAGCACUGAUGGAUUAGAGUCUUUUGCUAAUUCCUCUAUCACAGGAACUGAUGAUGAUCCUUUGAAUGAAGAAGUGAAUGAGAUACAAGCUUUAAGAAAUGAUAUUCAUCAGAGUCUAGAAGAAAGUGAUCUGCAGGAUUCCAUGAACCUUGAUGUUCCACAAGCUGACAAUCCUGUUGAGAAUCUAGAACAAGAAAAUAAAUCUGGACAAGUACAAAAUUUAAAGUACAAGUGCAGCUACUGCCAUAAGCAAUUUGCCAAAAAGUUUUACUGGCAGCAACACGAGCGUUCUCACACGGGUGAAAAGCCAUAUCAAUGCGUAGUAUGUGGUCGCCCAUUCGCCCAAAAGUCCAAUGUGAAGAAGCACAUGUCUUCGCACAAAGUCUGGCCAGGCACAGCAAUACACUCUCUACCUCCAGAGGCACCUGCGGAUGGCAGCAUUGAACGCUCAUACCACUGCCAGUUCUGCAAGGAGAUGUUUGACUCGUACAAGGCUCUCAAAGGCCACCUUAUAGUCUCUCAUCUGACUCUUAAAGUGUACAAGUGUGUGCAGUACGGUUGUGGCUCGAUGUUUGCCGAACUUGAGGAUUUCUUGGAGCACACACGCAGUCACAAACGCUCAGAAUACCGCUGUCACGUUUGCGCUGAAGCUUUUAGCACACUUACAGACCUUGGGUUGCACCAAUACACCCACUCUGUCCAGAAACAGAAGACAACUGAAAAGUACUACUGCUGUUCUAUUUGCAAGUCGUCUUUCUCAAAUCUGGAGGCCUUGCAACAUCAUACGGAAACGACGACCCAUGAUUAUGCCUGCCCGCACUGCGGCAAGAGCUUCCUUAUCGAGAGGUUUCUACGUAGGCAUUUAAAGACUCAUGCCUCUUCCGCUCGUUUUGCUUGCGAGGAUUGCGGAAAAGCUUUUAAGACCGAACAAUAUCUUGCCAAUCACAAGCUCAUACAUAGCGAGGACACGCCCUUCCUAUGUCCAAACUGCCCAGCGCGCUUCAAGCGUAAAGACCGCCUAGGCCGACACAUGCUUAUACACGAUCUCACGAAACGACUCAAAUGCCCGUUCCGUGGACACCUGGGCUGCAUGCGCGAGUUUUCGCGACCAGAUAAGCUUAAACGCCACCUUCUCACUCAUAGUGGACACAGUGCCAAUAGCGGAACUGUUGGAGGUAACAACCAUAACUCUACGAACGGGGCAGUCAGUGGAAGCAGCAAGAGAUUCAGCUGCUUGCAUUGCAACAGACAUUUCCACAGGGCUCAAGCACUUAAGCAUCAUGAGCUUAGCAAACAUGCGCUCAAGUGCGAUCUUUGUUCGCACGCAUUCAAAACAAAAGAUCAGCUGCUGACGCACAACUGCGAGCAAACAACAGAGUCAAAAAAGCACAUUAGCUCGCAGCUGCCGAAGAAGGCCUCCGGGUCGUUUAAGCCACGGAGGCCGACCCCCAAGCGACAGGUUUCCUCUAAAACUACCACUACUACUAAUAAUAAUUUAAGUACUACUGAUAAAGAUAAGGAUAAGUUAAAGGCUGAUGAAAUGCAGAAAAAGACUGUCUCUGAGACACUAAAGCUGAACAAUCGAGAGGAAGAGUUUGAAAUGAAAAUAGAGUGUUUAGAUCUGGAUCUGGAUAUGAGCAACGACAGUUCAUUAACUCUAGAUUCUUAAAAAGCAGAUUAAUCCAUUUUGGAUUUCUCUUUUGUCGGCCGUAAUAAUCAAUAUAUAUGGAAAAAAAAAACAAAGCAAAUCAUGAGUGGAACAAAAAUGAAUGAAAUCUGUAGACUGACUGUUUUAUCAUGUCUACAAGGCGCAUACAGCAUUUUUUAAAAAAAAUUUAGCAUAAAGCAUAUGGUAUUUUGUAGUUUACGUAUCUGUGAUAAUUGUAUUAUAAACUGUAACAAUAUAAGUAACUUAUAUACCAAUA